CCGCUGAGCGAGCGUAGCAAGCGCGCCACAGUCGAUCGCGCUGCCGGAUGUAGCGGACGCCUUUGCCGCGAGUAUAAAAAAAAACUCGACAUUCCGGAUUUAAAUUGAAUUCAAACUUUAGGAAUGUGAUCUGUGCUUAAAUUGGAACGUCCAUGUGCCAUAAUAGUGAUGUUACACUGUGUGAUUUGAAAAAAGAAUAAGUUUUUUUUCUUAAAAUGGGUGUUUUGUAUCUGUUUUUUGUGACGGUUCUGGUGCCAAGUGUUUUCGGCCAAGAUGUGGCGGAUUGUUAUGGUGCUGGCAGCGUGGCGGGGGCGGCAAUAGGUGCUUUUAUCGCCGCUCUUCUGUUGGUCGCCGCGGCCUACUACCUGAGGAAGUUGUAUUGGAAAUCCCGCAAAGGCAAACACCUGGUCUUCUCAACAGACCCGGAAUCAGUGAAGGAUGAGUUCGCGUUCGACAACCCUGGCUUCAGGCAGGACGAGCGGUCGGCCUGGCAACAUGAGGCCCCUACUUUACCCUUAGGGGGGAAGGCCCAUGUCUUGCAGGCCGAGUUCACCAGGCCCGAUCAAAGCAAAGAUGACUCGCAUUUACAGCGAGCUCAAGUUCGCCGCGUGAAGCUAUGGGCGCGGGACUUCACCGGGCUGGGACUGCGGUGCGGGGGCGGCGCGCGGGAGGGGGUGCACGUCCACUCGGUGCUGAGGAGCGGGCCUGCUGCUGCUGCGAAACUGCAACCAGGUGACAAGAUCAAAAGCAUCAAGAUCGAGUUUACGGGGACGCCUUUAGAAGAUGCAGUGGGCAUCAUGUCCCUCGCUUCCCCCUAUCCUGUGGAGCUGGAGAUAGUAGAAGGGGGGAGGGCUAGCGGGGCGGGGAAAACCGUCCACCAUCCAUUGCUGAAGAGAGCAGGGUCUACUGGAGACGUUAGCACGCUCGAGAAAGAAGGGAAGCUCCUACACCCACCGAGAUCUCCGAACACAUCACACUCCAACAACUCAACCCUUGAAACGAAGAGCAAGGGCGGCAUCAAGAAGAUCAUCACAGACAAAAUAAUCACCAACACCACGCUAGAACGGAACAAGAAAGAGAAAAGAGAUAUGCUGACCACCACGCUAGAGCGAGAAAACGAAAAGAAUAACAAACUCGCACACAAAACCAGGCAUUCUGAUAUACCUGCAGCGUUGAGUAAACCAGAAAGGAACAAAACAAGACAUUCAACUGGAAAUGACGUUCAGAUAAUACAACCAGAGAAUGGAAUAACACAGAUAGAGCACGCGGAAUUACAAAAGAAAGAUUACGACCCGAAAAGAGGAAUGAAAUUCGGCAUCAGAGUACUACCACCAAAUGUUCCUGAUGACGGAGUAUUAAAACAAAAACACGUAGAGAACGGAGUGGUAGCUGUUGAGAAGAAAUCCAUCGAUGAGCCAGACAAGCCGGAGCCCCAAAGACCUGCACCUACGACUCAAAUAAAACAUGAAAGUGAGACUGAAAUUAAGAAACCUGUCGUUGCUAAGCGGAGAGAAAAAAUGGCACCUCCUAUUCCUAACGCUCGAGCGAAGCCUGUUGAUCCAGAAAUGAAUACAAGUCAACAAGACACCUCAAAAACUUCAGACAGUUCAAUAUCUUUCAGUAGAAACGACCUCAAUUCUAGCGGCAUCAAGAGAGACGAAAAUGGUAUUCCUCAAGAGAUACCUCAACACAUGUUGGACGCAGCUAAAGCGGCAAGGACUAACAGGAAGAGCUCAAUUGAACACAUCGCCGAUGAAAAGCCCGAACACAAAAAAGAUGAAGCCCCUAAACCAGCAAAAAAAUCUAAAGGUAAAGCGCCGUCACCGCCUGACCAUGAGAAAAACAAAACAGAUGACAGCAUAAUAGAACAAAUGAGGAACGUUAAUGACUUUUUGUCAAACGAAAAACAACAUUCUAGCUUGCUUCACGAAACUUCAUUUGCGAGCCCCAAUAAAUCAAUGAUUUCUUACAAUACUUCAACGCCAAAGGUGAGCAAAACAAAAUCGCGUAUUGAAGAUUCAAUUAACUUUAGCCAGGAUGACAUCGACGAUAUCGUAUCUAAACCUUUUAAAAGGGAAAGUGACUCACUAAACAACUUUUUUGAAGACUCAAAAUCCAACCUGUCGUCUAACCACGAUGUCCAUUCAGUUGUGUCUUUGAACAAUAGCGACAAAAGCGAGAAGGGUUCCACUACAAUAGAACUCAAUAAUAGUGACAUAACAAUACACAGUUCUCCACUUAACGAUACAGCGCAUUCCGUUUCGGACGAUGCUUCGCUAUUGGACGAAAAUGAGCGCAAAGCUGCUUCUUUGGGAGAUCUGUCUAGAUUUGAAAUGAGAGCUAAAACAAGUAAGCCAUCAACCGGUACUCUUGAAAGAGCGCAGAGUUUAGAUAUAUCAGCUGAUGACGCUGAAAUACAAGAGAGCACUCUAUCUCCAAAGAAGAGAAAAGCUAUGUCAGUAGUUGAGACUACGUUCUUUGAUUCUGGUAAUGAAGAUAUGUUACCGGAUAUGAUUGAUUCCGACAAAGGAGUCGUGGUCAAGCAUAAAGAACCGAGAUUGAGUCUGAACAUUGGCAAACCUUCGGCAAUAGAAGGCUUGAACACUUUCCAGAGAAAUCGCUUAAAGAAGGCGUCCGAAUUCGGGAACUUGGAAGACGCUAUUGUGAAAGGAUCAACUAGCUCAGUCGAUUCUGAAAAAUUGGAAGAGCAGGAAUCAGGCCCAAAAUUACAAGGUAGGGAAUUUCAGCUGUACAAAGAAAAUGAAUCCCAUGAGACUUCGGAUCAUUUGGCACGAAGAAUAAUUGACGAGAAUAUGAAAGUUCACUUCAAACUUGUUUCUGAAUUCGCCAAAUCCACAUCUGAUGGAAGCAAUAUGAGUUCUCUUGAUAGCACCCAAGAAAUACAGCCUAAUAUCACCACCACCACUACUACUACUACAAAAGUUGCACCAGCAGUACCAGCACCUAUUAAAUUCGAUGAGAAAUUAAGUAUGACUUACGAUACUAACAUUCCAGAUGAUUUAAAGGUAUCGAGAAACACAUACGUGAAUAGCUUAGAAAGACCCAAAUCUGAUAUGAUGAAGAAGCUUCUAGCCAAAAACCCCAUAUUAAAUGUACAUAUAGACCAAAGUACUCAGAAAAGUGAAGCCACAACCAGUGUAGAAAGCCCCACACAAAUGACGGACGCUUUCAAAUCUGCUAUGCACCAACCUGAUAUCGUUAACUUUGAUUUAAAGAGUACAGAACCAAAAAAUAGAGAGUACGACGAUUUCGUAAGCAACGUCAAUGUUGGAUCUAAUAAUAACAGUCUGAAAUACAACAAGAAACCCACUUUUGAAACCUUUGGUACAACCUCUACUGAAUGGUCAGAGCCCAAAGAGUCGCAAAGCCACAGUAGUAACAUUGUGACAAUAAAUACGAGCGAGAAAACUCAACCUUCAGGCGAACAAAAGAGUAAAUCUUACACAAAAUCAAUUGAAAUCGGCGAGCCUUCGUUGAGAAUCAUGCCACCAGACGUUCUUGAAGGCAUAAGGAGACGAGGUGAAAGAGAAAGCGGCACAUUGUACAUGGAACCAGCAAAUAUGUCAAUAACAAUGACUCAGGAACCUGUGCAGAAAACUGUGACCGUAAAUGUAGCUGAAGAUGAAUUCGGAAAUAAGGUUAUAACACAAAACGUCGAAAAGAUAUCUACUAAAUACCUGCAAGCGACGACAGAAGCACCGCUGCAGGUUGAACAAAUUAGUUUUGGAUUAAUGAAAGGUGCAAGAGACAUUGAUGAGUUAAACUUAGAAGAAGGCAAUGUUAAAGACAUUGACAAAAGUGUGCUAGAUGAAAUCAAACGGCAGAAUCCUAAUAUGCACUUUACAACCGAUGAACCUUCUUACACUAAAACUGAAACUAUAAUUUUGAAUACAACGGACAUGGAUGAAGCACAGGCUAAAGCGUUGAUGGAGAAACUGAAGAACGACCCCAGUUUUAUGGCACAGAAGACACCUGAAGAAUUAUCACAACUGGGGAUAAGAAUUAUACACGAUUUAGAAGAUGUCCAAACUUCGAGUGGCGAAGCAGCUGAAGUCACGAAAACCAGAUACACGAUUAAUCCAUUGCUAGCCUCGGACAAUGUUAAAUGUAAAAUUGAAAGCGCAAAAGAUUCAGGAGUACAGAACGAUCACAUAACCGAAAUUCAAGUAACUACGCCUCGCACAGAAAAAGUUCAAGAGAAAACUGUAAAAGAUAAAAUUUCCAGCAGACAAAGAGCUGCUUCUUAUGAUGAGCCUUCCCCAUCUUAUGAAUUGGAUAUUGAAAUGCUUAACGACUUCAUUCUAAACGAACGCCGACACUCGGCCAGAGACCAGGCCGAGUUGAAAAAACGAACGAGUCAAAACGAACCAAAGAAACGGCAUUCUGACUUCGAUUUACCGAGAAACACCACAAUAAAAUUCAGAACUGCGACGUACGAAUCUCCCAAAGGAACUAUAGUUACAAGCACAGAUCUAGAAAACCGGAGGUUGUCACAAUUGGACCAGAUGCAACUACGGGCAGCAAGUGACGCGCCGGUUUCCGGACAAAAACCGGUAAUCUUAGCUAAACCGAGCAACAUACCGGUAAAAGAGAAACAGAAGCCGAUCGGCGUGUCAUCUAAGAUACCGGUUUUCAUGAGCCAAAAGUCGGCGAGUCAGGAGAAUUUGACGGAAAAGACGUUUUCGUUACCGCGGUCACCUCCACCCACCUUGAGCAGUAGUUCGGGGAAUAUUUCUGUGACUUCCAUAAAAAGUAGUUCCAGGAGUCCAAGUGGUGGGAAAUUGUAAAUUUUAGAUAUUAUAAGAAUAAUAAUGUCAUCACAUCGAAGUGCUUUUACUUCUAUGUAACAUGUGGUGCAAAUAUUCUUCCCGAGUGAAAAACUCGGCGAGUUCGUUUUUAGAUUGUAAUUACUUGUUAAAAUACCUGAAGUAAAUCGUAACAAAGUGCCUUUCUAAUUGUAAAAGUAAACAUAUUUUCUUACAUAGACUUUUGUAUUAUGUUAUUUGGGUUGUGAAUGUUUAAAUUAGUCUUAUAUACUGUCACAAUUUAUAUAGCAAUAUUGACGUUAUACUGAAUGAGAUUAUGAUGAAUACCUAAAUGCUUUAUGUAUUAUAACGAUUGAAUUAUUAAAUAUUAUAUAUUUGACAUUCCGUCCUACGAGUAUUACCAUUUUACAUAUUUUAUGAUUUAACAUAGCGUGUUAUAUCUUAGAAGUAGGAAUUUAUUUUCGUAGAUCCAGAAAUUAAUAUUUCUGAGCCAUGGAAAAUAUUGAGUGAAGAGUAUAGAGUUAGAACUUAUAUUUAUUAACAUUUUACAAGUGUUACUUGUUGAAUCGAUUUAUAUAGAAAAAGUUGCUGUAAUGUUCAAUUUAUUG